GGCGAACCGCACGGUUCUCGAUCGUACAUAAAUCGUGUAGAUCUUCCUUUUUCUCCUCCUUUUCCUCUUUCCUUAUUACGCCAAAAACAUCCUCUUCGGAACGCGAAUUCCUCGCGAACGUGCUCGCGAGGAUGCGCCUGAAUUCUUCAUUCAGGAGUCUCGCACGUCGCUCUUCGUCAUCGUAAUUUGAUCCCAACUUAGUGAUCGAUCUCGAUCGGGUGACGGCAGAAAAGGACGAUCGAAUUCGCGCCGCGAAUGGUAUUGUGACGUGUAAUAAUAAUGCUAUGAUAAGCAGAGGAGAAACGGUGAGAGGUAAAGGAGAAACAAUCAGCAUGAGAUGUUUCGAGAGCUUCUUCAAGCACACCUGGCGACCACAGCAGGUGCAUCAGAUGGAUUCGCCGUCAAGAUUUGAGCUGGCGAAGACAGCGGAGGUGCAUCGGCACGGUGCCGGUGAAAUCACAGAGAUGGGCGAGGUGAAGGUAACCGCGCCGAGCAGCAACGUCGCGACGUCGAUGCCAUCGACGACGCACCCCAGUGGCAGUGACGCGAUGCCCUGCAAGAACGGCGGCUGCAAAGUCUGGAGGAACAGCCGAGUCGGAGGCAGCGAGCCGCACACCGAGAGUCCAUGGCACUCGCUCAAAACCAUCUUCCUGAUCUCCGUGAUCGUGGCGUUCCUCCUCUGGAUCAUCAUCUACACCCUGCUGGACCAGUAUCGAAUCUUGUGAUCGGGAUCACCCUCGCUUUAGAAAUCCUGCUGUGUUCUCGCGAUUGCAAAUCGGCGAUGAAUUCUGCGGCCUCGUGAUUUAUGGGUGAUAUCAGAGCUUGAUAGCGAUCUCGUUGGUAUUGAGAUCGCGAUUUGUGAUCUGAUCUACGUGACUUCGUGUUCUCAAUUAUAAUCGCUAGUUUGCGGGUUCUGUGACUUUUCCCAAGUAAACCACAUAAUAAGAACGAUUUUGCUGAAGUAUCUAAAUAUUUAGUUACUCUCUAAAACUUUUUGAACAAACUUCACUUUUAAAGAAUAAAAUUUGGAUCACUCUUUCUAGACUGGUUUAAUUUUCAAUUUUUCUCUUUGAGAAUACUUCAAUAAAACUGUAACUAACAGUAAUGAAUGAUAUAUAUAUAAUUUCACACUCAACAAUAAAAUGUAAUAUAACAUGUUACACAGUAAUUACAUUGUUGAAUGUGAAGUUGUAACAUUGAUGUUACUGACGUUUACUGGGUUGUGACUUUGUGAUUUAUAUUCGAUGUUGAAUUCUGCAACUUCUUCGUGAUUUUGUGAUAAUCCACGAUUGAUAUCAGGAUUGGCAAUCCAUGCAGCGUGUUUCGCAGUUCUAAGUGGUUUACUGCUAUUGGGACCAAUUGAAGAAUGUACCAUCUCUAUUCUGCAUCCCUAAUUUUACAACGUUUGUAUUACAAAUCAUGUUUUGCGUUGUGACGAUUGCUCAUCAAAACGAAAUGUGAACAAAUCUUUGGAGAAAUUCGGAAGGAACGACCGAACGCUCAAGGAGACGUCCUCCCGGCAGCUAAAGGCUUCCAUAAAUCGGAUUGUAAUAUUGUAUAUUUCGUACUGUUUUAUAAAUAUUUGGCUCCUGUAAAUAUUCGAAUAAAAUACGGCAUUACACA